UCUCUCACCCCCUUCUUCAUUUCAUUUCUUUCCUCUUCUUCUCCCACCCCACCACCACCAUAUAUAUGUAUCAUUCCAUUUCUCUCUCUCUCCCCCUACUGUACUACUACUAAAAGGUUUCCCGCCAAAUUCCUCCCUCUCAUCUGCCACAGCCUUUACCAUUCCAACUACUACAUAUAUUAUUAUACCACUUUCUCCACUCUCUGCUCCUUACUCCCUCCUUCUCUCUCUAAGAAUUUCUUCUCUGAUCUGAGUGGUCUAGAGUUUCUCUCUCUACGCUCCCUGUUAAUCAUUUCCCUCUAAACACAAGAAUUUUUCUGGGUUUCCACUUUCGCAUGCUUUUUUUUGCCUGACAAUCCAUCAGAUUCCUUCCGAUCUCCACUCCUCUACAUCUAGCUUCAGUCCCAGGAGGGAAGGUCUCGUCCUUCACCUCCAACAUGUCUACUCGCUCGAUCACGAAAUUCUCAGAGCAUGUUGUUACAGAGACUAGGUCCAUCCACGGUCACAUCUCCACGACUUCCGGCGUUUCCUCUCCAGUUUUCCGGCCAAAAGUCGUGAGAAUCAUACUGACCGACGCCGACGCCACUGACUCUUCCAGUGACGACGAACCACAGGUCGUGAAGAGAGUGAAGAGACACAUCAGAGAGAUCAAUUUCAAGCAAUCGCCUAAAUCAGUGGCCAAUCCAAGCAGUAAGAAGCGAAGCCACAGGACUAUACGGUCGCCGGAAUCUGACGUCACUCGCCGGAAAAAGUUCCGCGGCGUCCGCCAGAGGCCGUGGGGGCGUUGGGCCGCGGAGAUCCGAGACCCGACCCGGAGAAAGCGGGUCUGGCUCGGGACUUUUGAUACGCCUGAGGAAGCCGCCACGGUGUACGACCGAGCUGCCGUCACGUUGAAGGGUCCUGACGCCGUUACGAACUUCCCCAAGGAGCCUGUAACGGAGACGGCGGUUGACGUUAAAACGGACGGCGAAGGGUUGCUUAAGGUAGCAGCAGCCUCGUCCCCCACGUCAGUACUCCGUCACGAGGAGUUCACGCCGUUCGAUGACUUCAGUUAUGGUGACGUCGACGUUUUCGGGUUCGGGUUCGGAUUCGGAUUCGACACGGACAUCCCGUUAAGUCUGCCCGAUUUCGCGUUAUCGGACGAUUUCGUCGGGGAUGACUUCCUCGGCGAUAAGUUUAACGUUGACGAUUUCCUCGUUGAUGGGGUCGUUUGCUAAUCCAUUGCACGAUUUCAAGUCACGAUAUGGUUUUGGAGCUGAGUGGUAAUUUUGAGAACAUACAGGGGCUGUUAGUAAUUUAAAAGUAAUCAUUCUUAAGAUAUUUCGAAGUGAGUGUUGUAUAGAAUUUGUAAGUGAGCCGAUUUUGUCUAAUGUGAGAGUGGGAUAUUGACGUAGAAUGUAUUUGUUUAUUGGUAAUUAUUAUUAAUAUAUUUGUUGUGUAUUGCUUCUCGGAGAGAAAA